AUUCUACAUGCAGUGCAGGAGUACAAUAAUCUUUGAUCCCCAUAUUUUGGUAAUUUGGAACAGGUUGAGACCGUUGGAGUAGACAGAGCAGCGACAUCAAAGAAGCAUCACAUGACAUGAAAAAUGCGUUUCAGAAUAAUUCUUUCCAUCAUUACACUUUUUCUUUCUUCUCAAUGGUGGAUUUGCAAAGGUUGUCGGCUAAACUGGAGAGGAUUCAAUUCUUUCUGUUACAUCUUCAUUGGUAAUAAGAGGAACUUCCAAAGUGCGAAUGAUGAAUGUCGAGAGCUAGGGGGUCAAAACCAAGGCGGUCAGCUUGCCAGAAUUACAGGAUUUGAACUUAACAGGUUCCUCCAAAACAAUUUUCCAAAUCCUCGAGAAUAUCCAUGGAUUGGUUUGAAAAGAUGUGGUAACCAAUGGUGUUAUCCCGAUGAUAAAACAGCAGUCUAUACCAACUGGAUACCUGGCCAACCCGAUAAUUUCCAACGAAAUGAAAAUUGUGCUGAGUUAACGUUUUCUUCCAAAGGACGAUGGAAUGACAGUCCAUGCUAUAAUAGAAGAUCUUUCAUCUGUGAAACAGAUUUGGAUGAAUGUGCGUCGGCAACUAAAUGCCAUGCUCAAGCGAAAUGUAUCAACAGUGUUGGCUCAUACUCGUGUGCUUGUAAUAAUGGAUUUAUGGGGGAUGGAAUUAGGAGAUGCAACGAUUUAGAUGAAUGUGCGUCUACGGCUGCUCAACGGUGUCAUUCUCAAGCAAAAUGUUUCAACACUGUUGGCUCAUACUAUUGUGCUUGUAAAAAAGGAUUUGAAGGGGACGGAAUGAAAACUUGCAAAGGAAGGGUACAUUUUGGGGGAUAG